AUGGGCCCUCGCGCGGUCUCGCCGGCGCUGUCUGAGAAUGAGUACGAUAUUGGUGCGGCGCUUUUCGGAGAAAACGAGAACAGCGUAAACGAGAAGGGAUCUAUUGAAGACCUGGGAUUAGAUCUGGAAGGUGGCAGCCAAGAUGGUUCGGACGACGAGGCUUUCAUCGCCGCGACGCAAGCUGCUUCCAACAGGAAGUCUUCAAACUUGAAGGGGCACACGGUCAAGAAAGGAGGAGGCUUCCAAGCAAUGGGUUUGAACGCCUCACUGCUACAGGCUAUCACGAGAAAGGGAUACAAGGUCCCGACCCCUAUACAACGACGCGCUGUGCCUCUCAUUCUAGACCGGCAAGAUGUAGUGGGAAUGGCACGUACUGGAUCUGGAAAGACGGCAGCGUUCGUGAUUCCCAUGAUUCAAGCGCUGAAGACCCAUUCGGCGAAGUUUGGUGCUCGUGCCAUCAUCAUGUCACCUUCGCGGGAGCUGGCUUUGCAAACAUUGAAGGUCGUCAAAGAACUGGGUCGCGGCUCUGAUUUGCGGACUGUUCUCGUAGUCGGCGGAGACAGUCUCGACGAACAAUUCAGCUCCAUGACUACGAAUCCGGAUAUCAUCAUUGCUACCCCUGGACGCUUCCUUCACUUAAAGGUCGAGAUGUAUUUGGAUCUCUCUUCCGUAAGGUACAUUGUGUUUGACGAAGCAGAUCGCUUGUUCGAGAUGGGUUUUGCGGCACAACUGGCAGAGAUCCUUCACGCAUUGCCAAUGUCAAGACAAACUCUCCUUUUCUCGGCCACGCUUCCCAAAUCCUUGGUUGAGUUUGCGAGGGCCGGCCUCCAGGAACCAAGGCUGAUCCGUCUCGAUGAUUCCAAAGUAUCGCCCGAUCUGGAAAGUGCCUUCUUCAUGGUGAAGAGCGGAGAAAGAGACGGAGCUCUCCUGUACUUACUGGAUAAGGUUAUCAAGUUAGCACCUGGUGAGACAGAGGCUGCAAAAAAAGCGAAGAAGUCGGAGACUGCAGGCGGAAGCAAGAAGCGCAAGCGGGCACCUGAUGCUCCCAAUCCUAGGGAAUCUCCAACACCAAAUUCCACAGUCAUAUUCGCAGCUACGAAGCACCGAGUUGAGUAUCUGGCUAGUCUGCUGAAGACUGCAGGGUAUCCUGUUUCCUACGUGUAUGGCAACUUAGACCAGACUGCUCGAAAAAUGCAAGUUCAGGAUUUCAGGGCUGGCUUAACAAACGUCCUCGUAGUGACCGAUGUCGCUGCGCGUGGUCUGGAUUUGCCAUACCUUGCGAACGUUAUCAACUACGACUUUCCUUCACAGCCUAAGAUAUUCGUACAUCGCGUUGGAAGAACAGCUAGAGCAGGAAGGAAAGGUUGGAGCUACAGUCUAAUCCGAGAGUCCGACGUGCCAUACCUGAUUGACCUUCAGUUAUUCCUGGGUCAACCUCUCCUUUCUGAGAAGACCCCUGGGAAAAAGCCAAAUUACGCCCAAGACGUAGUGGUGGGGACAUUUAUCCAAGACGAGCUUGAGCCUGAGGUCGAGCUUGUCAAUAGACUACACGAGGAUGACGAAGAUUUGGCCAAUCUUCAGAUUGUAGCGGGUAAAGGUGAAGCCCAGUACACAAGAACGAGGAACUCCGCCAGUAGCGAGUCCGUGAAGCGCGCGAAACAGCUGUUGUCAGCACGCAGUCUGUCGAACACACAUCUCCUAUUCAGUGACGACGUGCACGACACGUUGCGUGAGAAAGAGAAGAUGCUGGAGCGAAUCAGCUCCUUCCGACCCACAGAGUCAAUAUUCGAGAUCGGACACCGUGGCACGACCAGUGAAGCAGCUGAGAUCAUGAAAAAAAGAAGGCAACAGAUAGAUAAGAUGAAACAGAAGCAAGCGACCCGGCCUAGCGAUAUGUCCGAUGGCUCGUACGGAAGAUUAGCGCCGUCGGAGGAUGCGGACGUUCUCAGCGUGGCUUCAAAAGACGAAGCGGAUCUCGAAGAUGCGGACUUGGCGUCUGAAUCAGACGAUCUCGAAAUCUCCGUUUCGCAGCCAACCGCCCGAAACGCGAGUAACGAUGAUUGGCAGAAGUCCGAGUUCUUCAUGUCGUAUGAACCGAAAGGUGUGAACGCAGCUGAGGAACGAGGAUACGGUGUUCACACAGGGUCGUACAACACGGCUCAACAAGCUUCCAACUUCGUUGAGAGCGCCAGGGCGGCGCAAAUGGAUCUCACGAAUGAUGAAGUACGGGGUUUUGCUGAAGCCAGCAAGGCUAGGGGUAUGCGUUGGGACAAGAAGUCCAAGAAGUACGUUGCCAAGGCAAACGACGAGGAUGGCUCCAAAGGAGCAAAGAUGGUCGUGGGUGAGAGUGGUCUCAAGAUCGCUGCCAGCUUCCGCAGCGGGCGGUACGAUGACUGGCGCAAAUCGAACAAGAUCGGUCGUCUGCCACGUGUCGGUGAAUUAGAGAAGCCAAGCCACGCGGCUGCUCAUGGUGGUGGUCGCCACUACAAGCACAAAGCGGAAAGGGCACCCAAAGAAGCCGAUCGAUACCGAGACGACUAUCAUACCCAAAAGAAGAAAGUUACGGAGGCGAAGGACAAACGCAUUGGGAAAUUCAAGGAUGGUGGCGCCAGGAAUGAGCUCAAGGGCGUCGACGAUGUCCGCAAACAACGUCAACUGGAAGAGAAACGGAAGGCAAAGAACGCCAGGCCCUCCAAGAAGCGAAAGUUUUAG